AUGGACUCGAAAAUGAAUUUGUUCCAAGCGCGUUGCUUUUAUGUCCUCCUCCUUUGGAUGCAUGGCGCAUUUGGAGACAUAAGCUAUUCUUUUCCAGAGGAGAUGAAACGAGGAUCAGUGAUUGGGAAUAUAGCCAAGGAUCUCGGGCUGGAGACGGGUGCGAUAUCUAGCAGAAGAGCCCGCAUUGACACCGACGGGAGUGAUGAACGUUACUGUGACCUGAGAAACGGAGAGUUGAUUGUGGCUGACAGGAUUGACAGAGAGGGGCUUUGUGGAGAAAAGGCUUCGUGCGUCCUAAAAUAUGAGCUGGUGUUGGAGAAUCCUCUCGAGCUCCAUCGGAUCAGUCUGCACAUUCAAGAUAUCAACGAUAACUCGCCACAAUUUAACGAAGAACUGAUAAAUAUUGAAAUCCAAGAGUCUACAUACAGGGGAGCUCGUUAUGCGAUAGAAGAAGCACACGAUGCGGAUGUUGGACAAAAUUCAGUCCAGCAAUACAGCCUUAAAAAUAAUGAUAAUUUUGUGUUGGUGGUUGAUGGAAACAGUAUAGAGCUUGUUCUUGAUAAAGAGCUUGAUCGUGAAAAACAACAGGAGAUUAAUUUGCUCCUUACAGCUCUAGAUGGUGGCUCCCCUCAGAGAUCAGGUACAGUAGUCAUACACGUCACUGUGCUGGAUGCUAAUGAUAACGCCCCAGUGUUUAGCCAGGCCGUUUAUAAAGCCAGUCUGCCUGAAAACUCUCCCUUAGACACUGUUGUGGUCACAGUGAGCGCAACUGAUGCAGACGAGGGGGUGAAUGGAGAUGUGAGUUAUGACUUUGGACAUGUUUCAGAUGAUGUGAAGAAGAUAUUCAGUAUUGAUCGUAAAGUAGGUGAAAUAAGAGUAAUCGGCAACAUUGACUAUGAAGCUACCACAACAUUUGAAAUACGCGUUAAAGCAAAAGAUGGAUUAGGACAAUCAUCAUACGCCAAGGUGAUCAUCUCUAUUACUGAUGUUAAUGACAAUGCCCCUGUAGUUAAUUUAAAAUCACUGACGAAUCCUGUACCAGAAGACACCCCUCCUGGUACAGAGGUGGGCAUCAUUAAUGUGCAGGACAGAGACUCUGAGAAUAACAAACAGGUCCGCUGCUCCAUUCAGCAAGGCGCUCCUUUUAAGUUAGUCCCUUCUAUUAAAAACUAUUAUUCUCUGGUGACUACAGGACAACUGGACCGUGAACUAGUGUCUGAUUACAACAUUACGAUCACUGCCACUGACGAGGGCUCUCCACCUCUGUCCUCCUCCAAAAGUGUUCAGUUAUCUGUAGCAGACAUCAACGACAACCCACCUGUGUUUGAGGAACAGUCGUACAGCGCAUAUGUGACUGAAAAUAACAAACCUGGCUCCACUUUAUGUUCUGUUACUGCUCGAGACCCCGACUGGAGACAAAACGGUACAGUGAUUUAUUCUCUGUUAGCUGGUGAGGUGAACGGAGCCCCGGUGUCCUCCUAUGUGUCUGUUAACGGAGACACGGGGGUGAUCCACGCUGUGAGGUCGUUUGAUUAUGAACAGUUCAGGAGUUUUAAAGUCCACGUGAUGGCCAGAGACAACGGUUCUCCUCCGCUGAGCAGCAACGUGACCGUCAGUGUGUUCAUAACGGAUGUGAAUGAUAACUCUCCUCAGAUACUGUACCCCUCUGCUGAGGGCAAGUCGUUCAUGACCGAGCUGGUCCCCAAAGCUGCACACGGAGGAUCUCUGGUGUCCAAAGUGAUAGCAGUGGACGCGGACUCCGGACAGAACGCCUGGCUGUCCUAUCAUAUAGUGAAAUCCACUGAUCCGGGACUUUUCACUAUUGGCCUUCACAGCGGAGAGAUCAGGACACAGCGGGACAUUUCUGAAUCUGACAGCAUGAAACAGAACCUUAUUGUGUCAGUGAAAGAUAACGGACAGCCCUCUCUCUCUGUCACCUGUUCAGUGUAUUUACUUAUUUCUGAUAACUUGGCUGAGGUCCCAGAACUGAAGGAUAUUUCUUACGAUGAGAAGAAUUCCAAACUGACCUCUUAUCUGAUCAUCGCGCUGGUGUCUGUGUCCACUUUUUUUCUGACCUUCAUCAUCAUCAUCCUGGGUGUGAGGUUUUGUCGCAGAAGAAAGCCCAGACUGUUGUUUGAUGGAGCAGUUGCCAUCCCCAGCGCUUAUCUCCCUCCUAAUUACGCAGAUGUUGACCCCACAGGAACUUUACGCAGCACUUAUAAUUAUGACGCCUACUUGACAACAGGUUCUAGAACCAGUGACUUUAAGUUCGUUUCAUCUUACAAUGACAACACUCUGCCUGCUGACCAGACUCUGAGGAAAAGUCCAUCAGACUUUGCAGAUGUGUUUGGAGAUAGUAAUGGUUCACCUGAGGCAUGUUUAGUAAUGGAAGCGCGAAUAAACUUAAAACGGUGGCUGCAUUUUUUGUUGUUUAGCCUGUUUUUUGGCAUUUCGUUUGGAGAGGUCCGUUACGACCUUCCAGAGGAGAUGCAGCGGGGGUCGGUUAUUGGAAAUGUUGCGCGGGAUCUGGGGCUGCAAGUAAGGGAGCUUAAUUCUCGUCGUGCCCGUGUUGUUGCAGAAGGAACCAGCCAGCUGUGUGAACUGGAUACUGUGUCGGGCAAUCUUUUGAUCAGCCAACGAAUAGACCGAGAGGAGCUCUGCACGCAAGCCAGUGUCUGCAUCAUACAGCAUCAGCUCUUACUUGAAGAUCCCCUUCAAGCAUACAGCCUGGUUUUAGAUAUUGAAGACAUAAAUGACAACAGCCCAGUGUUCGCUGUGAAGGAGAUACAAUUAGAUUUAGUCGAAUCCACAGUCCUGGGCAGGCGCUUUCCGUUGGAGAGCGCGCACGACCCCGAUCUGGGCAUGAACUCUGUCCGUGAAUAUAAACUGAGCCCAAAUGAUCAUUUUGCGCUGGAAAUGAGUACCCAAAUAAACGGCAAUGCUUAUCCAGAAUUGGUUCUUAAAAAGCCCCUGGACCGGGAGGCACAAACCGAACAUGUACUGAAAAUCAUUGGAAUCGAUGGGGGAAAUCCAGUCAGAUCAGGAACUGCCUCUAUACACAUCCGUGUUUUGGACGCCAAUGAUAAUGUCCCAGUUUUUAGCCAGCGAGUUUACAAAUCCUCUGUGCCAGAGAACUCUGCUAUAGGGACAGUGAUAGCAACGCUAAAUGCCACAGACUUAGAUGAAGGUGUUUAUGGAGAGGUAACAUACUCUUUCACUCACCUGUCAGACAAAAUGGGAGGAGUUGUUGAAAUGAACCCUGUAAGCGGAGAAGUUCGGGUGGUAGGUGUCAUAGACUAUGAAGAGGCCAGUACACACGAGCUGGAUGUCCAAGCUAAAGAUGGCGGUGGUCAGACCUCUCACUGUAAACUUAUAAUUGACGUUAUUGACGUAAAUGACAAUAAACCAGUCAUAGAAAUAAAGUCAGCAUCUGCUAACGUGGCUGAAGACUGUAGACCAGGAACUAUGGUUGCACUGAUUAAUAUUUAUGACUUGGACACUGGAAGUAGUGGGCGCGUCACGUGUACAAUUUCAGACCAUGUUCCAUUUAAAAUUGUAUCAGAGGUCAAGAACUAUUACAUGCUAGUGACUGAUGAAGUACUAGACAGAGAGCUUCAACCAGAGUAUAACAUCACAGUUACUGCCACUGAUGCAGGCUCUCCCUUACUCUCCAGUGUCAAAGUUUUAACAAUCUUGGUCAGUGAUAUAAAUGACAACACCCCGACUUUUACGCAGAGCGAGUACAAUGCCAACAUUUUGGAAAACCAACCCGUUGGCACGUUUGUGGUGAAAGUGAAAGCUGAGGACAUUGAUGACGCAUCUAAUGCUAAACUACUGUACCAAAUAGACACAAACUCAGAAGUGUCCUCUUUUCUUACCAUCAACUCAGAAACAGGAGAGCUCUUCACAUCACGGCUCUUCGAUUACGAACAAUCAGUCCACUUCCAAAUCAAGGUGACUGCUCGAGACGGAGGGGGUCCUCCACUCUCCACUACCUGCACUGUAAACGUUUUCAUUAAGGACCAAAAUGACAAUGCACCUGUCGUCUUAUAUCCUGUCCAAACCACCGGGUUCAUUGCUGAGGAUAUGGUGCCACUUGAAGCGCCCAGGGGUUACUUGGUUACUAAGGUGGUAGCCGUGGACGCAGACUCUGGCCAUAACGCUUGGCUUUCAUACAGAAUAAUCAAAGCAACACGACCUGACCUGUUUAUGGUAGGUCUGCAUACUGGAGAAAUCAGAACUGUGCGAACAUUCAUGGACGACGAUGAACCAAAGCAAACUGUUGUGGUUUUAGUAACGGAUAACGGGCCCGAAACUCUCUCUGCUUCUGCCACAGUCAGCAUAGUAAUUGGCGAUGGACUGCCAAUCUUACACGAACUCUUUGAGUUUGCAGAUGAAUCACGGGACAACGAUAACUUAACACUAUACUUGAUUGUUGCUUUGUUAACUGUUUCUUGUCUUUUCAUCCUUUUAAUAAGCGCAGUGUUUUAUUUCAAGCUGUGUCGUCGUAGUUAUGUUUACCGUUCAACCAUUGAUAGUCUCCCCGUUUUCCCCACGACAUACUGCCCCUCUAGUUUCACAGAUUUAAGCCGCUGUGGGACCUUGCUAAAAGAUGAGCGGUAUGAUUCCUUUUUGACCACUGGGUCGUGGAGGGGCGAUUUUCGUUUCGGCACCAACACAGACACUGACACAUUGAAGAAAAGGAGUGCAGCCUACCAAAAAAAUACUCUAAGGCGCCCCAGUACAGACAGAUCUACUCUGAAAGUGAGGGCAGGUGCACCACAUCCUUGUUAUGUGGUCACAUGA